AUGUUCCAGUUCCUGCUUGGAUUUACUUUUGGUGAUAUGGAUGGAAUGUAUCUGGCUCAGAACUAUGAUAUACCAAACCUGGACAAAAAAUGUGAAGAUAUAAAAAAGGACUUGGAUGCCCAGAAGAAAUCCCCUAGUUCCUGAGGCCGACUCCAACUGCCUUCUGGAUACACUGAUUCUCCUAUUCUUGAGGGACUUCUUUACCAUAUGAACCAAAAGGUUUUGUUUUCAUCUCCAGCCUCAGCAAUUUUCUUCUUUGCUAAACUAUAUGUUGCCUUAGAGCAAAAAUGAGGCCACAAGUUAAGAAUUACCCUUACUUUUCCAACAUCCUCACCUUUUCCCAUCCUUCUUCCAGCUGCUUGGGAGAUUCUAAGGCUGGAAUUAUGGUGCCAAACUAAUAAACAUGACCUUAAGUUAGUAAUCUCUUCUUUAUUCAUUGGGAUUUCUACUACCCGUUUUCAAGAGAAAAAUUGAAGAGUUUUGUAUAGCUGAUCAGAUACAAAUAAUGCUAAUUUCACAAUUACAACA